AUGAGCAGAGGAGCUUCCAAAUAUGCAUGCACCGAAUCGAGAGCUAGACAGAAUUUCGCUACGGAAUGUGAAGAUGCCAUCAAUAAACAAAUCAACAUGGAACUACAAGCUGCCUAUGAUUACAUGGCAUUCUUCACCUACUUCGAUCGAGAUGAUGUGUUAUUCCCGAAAGCAGCUGAAUUCUUCCGAAAGGCUUCACGUGAGAAACGUGAACAUGCUGAGAAGUUGGCGAAAUAUCAGAACAAACGUGGUGGUCGUGUUCAGUACAGUGACAUCAAGUGUCCCACCAAGACAGAACUCAGUGGUUUGGAGGAUGCGAUGAAUACUGCAUUGUCAAUGGAGAAGGCAGUGAAUGAGUCACUGUUGAAACUACAUGAAGUAGCUGCGAAGAACAAUGAUCCGGCGUUAACCGAUUUGAUUGAGAGUGAGUAUCUGCAUGAACAACAUGAUGCAAUCAAACAAUUUGCUGACUACGUGACAAAGACGGAUCGAGUUGGAAGUGGACUUGGAGAGUAUUUAUUCGACAAGAUGACACUGAAAGAAUGAGUGCUACUUCACUCGAACUGUUUAUUCACUCUAAUGUCCUUUACUUCAUUAUUUUUGUCUUUUUUUCUUACAAAUAAAUGAGUUUUCCAUGUAGA